AUGGGGGAGAAGACCCUCCGUCUUCUGGAAGCGGGCAGCUCCCAAGGCCGCUUCCUUACCCACCAGAGCCCAGCUCUAGACCUACCCCCCAUGACCUCGGGGCCUCUGCGCCGGCCGGCUCGACAAAGCCUCCCCUCGCCCCGAGCUCUAGGGUCCAGCCCCGACAUCCCCCAGUCUGUCGGCGACCAGGCCGCAGGCCUCCGGCGGGUCCGGGCCGAGCGGGCCGGGGCAGGGCAGGGCCGGGCAGGGCAGGGCAAGGGAAAGGAGGCGAAGGCCGGGCAGGGCAGGGCCGGGCCGGGCCGGCGAGGCCGGGGUCUGAGCGGACUUCUCGGCGGGGGGUCGGGGCCGGGCGGUCACGGCGGGCGCCGAGGGGGGCGGCCAGACCAGGCCAGGGAGGGCCGGGCCGGGGCCGGGCGGUCACUCACCGGGCUAAGGCCGGGCCGGGCCGGGCCGGGCCGGGCGGCUCCUUCGUGGCGGCCCCGCCGGGCUCUCCGGGCUGCUCGGGCUCCUCCUUUUCCUCCUCCUCCUCGUCCCCGGCCCCGUCCCCGACCCGUCCCCGGCCCCGUCCGCGGCCCCCGGCUCCGGCUCCGGCUCCGGCUCCGGCCUGGGCGAAGCGCUGCGGCGGCGGCCCGUCCGGUGCCCGCGGCGCGGCUCGGGGCCCCUCCGUCGUCGGCCUCCCGCGGGCUCGCGGGCUCGGGCUCGGCUCGGGCGGCCCCCGGGGGCUUCGGCCUCGCGGGCUCGGGCUCGGGCGGCGCUAAGGGGCCUCGGGCUCCCGCUCAAGCUCGGGCUUGGGCUUCGACUCCGGCUCCGGCUCCGUCUCUCAGGCCUCGCCGCUCCCCGCGCCCCGCCCCCAGCCCGGCCCGGCGCACGCUCUGCGCAGCCGCAGUGCGCACCUGCCGUGCGCCGCGACGUCCGCUCGCAGGGCCGCGCGCCUGGCCAAGAGGCGGGGAUCCCCGUGAGCCUCGGGCGCCUCCACAGGCUUGGAGGACUCAGCGAGCCCCGGGGGGAGGGCGGAGAGGGCCGGAGAAAGCGAGGAAGAGCGCAUGCGCGUUCGCGGACUGCAAGCCCUGCGCCUUUUGA